GGCGACGCUCUCCAUGGACGGCAGACAGUCAGCACGGCACUCGACGAACGCCGUUUCUCGUCCACCGCUCGCAGAAACCGCGUCGAUAACAGGGGACCCGUCCCCUGGGCAGCCAGAUGUCCUGAUCGACGCUCGAGGAACGAUCGGCCGUGUCUUCGUCGAAGUUAGCCCGAGUGUCUUUGAUCGGCAGCACGCGUCCUGGCCUCGAGGAUGCUGCGUUCCACUGUGGACAGCAACGUGGCGAACCGCGGAAGGGACUUCCUAGACGGAUUCUGGGUUACGGAGACUGCGGUGUUGAUAGUUUAGGGUAUACAGUGGAAGCCUUCGGCUCCGAUCGGUUGGAAGCUGAACGAAGGUUGCUGUUUCUACCUGGUUACUUGGUCUACCAUCGAUCUGGACCUCUUCGAAUGAUCGACUUGACUCGUCGACGCAAUCGUCCGAGCGUCGUGCAGUGAUCUUCCGGAAGCAUUGAUGAGUCUAAGCUCACGGGUGAACGGUGGAGCUAAAGGAUGACACGGAGAACGGAUCGAAGGAAGACUGUUGAUCGGUGCUAAUCGAGUGACCGAUUUGGAUCUUCUACCUGAUCGUCUUGCCUAACGAGUGUGUCUUUCGGAGGAGGUAUCGGCGAGCAACCUGCUCGCGGAGUGUUCAGCCGUGUGCCGCACUGUAGUUUCGAGCAAGGAGGCUUCCUGGAGGGAUUUACCGAGGGUUUCGGGAUUCUCGGCCGAGGAAAAGCUCCGGGCCGGCUUGAUAUGCAUUCCGAGAGGACGCUGGAGAGUUGAGAGCGCUGCCACGGCACGGGACGGUAGGAGCGAGCGUUGCUUAGGCUUGCCACCGCACCAGAUGGACGAGGCUCGAGGGAGGAUUGUAGAACGAUAGGAGGCGACCGGUUGCGGCUGCAGCUGCGGCGUCGGUCGCUGCACCUGCAGCUGCAGCUGCGGCGACGGCGACGGCGGCGACGCUGCCGGUAGCAGCGGUUCGAUCGGACGGCGUAACGAUGCAGAGCACCGGCGACUACUAUCAGAGAGCGAGAUGUUGUCCGGGAAGGAACGCGAACGCGAACGCCGAGGCGCUGCGCAUCAGCACGACCGUCAGGGGCGCGGAGUUGCUCUGCUGUUGCUGCAGCUGCAGCACCUCGACCUCGACCAAAACGCCAGGCCUCCUGGCCAGCCUCGGGGUCUGCGUCCUCGUCUUGGGGUACACGCUGCUAGGGGCUUUCGCGUUCAUGGCGCUGGAGGGCGGCCUCAAGUCGGAUUCGAACGAUCUGCUCGUUGCCGGUGGCUCAAAGUCCGACGGUGGGUCUAACGUGGUGCCCAGCCUGGAAGAUGAUUCAGCCGCCAUGGAGCUCAGGGCACGCACCGUAGAGAGGCUUUGGAGCAUCACGGAGGAUUUGAACGUGCUGUACAAGGAGAAUUGGACUCGAUUAGCAGCGAGAGAGGUGUUCGAGUUUCAGGAGAACCUGGCGCGUGGCAUUAGACGGACUUCCUCGCAAUACGAACCGGUUGGCUCUCGCUCCAGGGAUCAUCCUAUGGACAGGAGGUCGCAUCGUCGGUGGACAUUCAGCGGCAGUCUCUUGUAUUCGCUGACGCUCAUCACCACAAUCGGGUACGGCAGCGUAGCGCCGCGUACGAUCUGGGGUCGUCUAAUCACGAUAGUGUACGCGCUGGCCGGGAUUCCCCUGAUGCUAGUCUAUCUGAGCACAGUGGGCGACGUGCUCGCGAGAAGCUUCCGUCGUUUGUACGGCCGGCUCUGCAGGCCCCGGAACUGCACGAGGAAGCAGCAACCGCCCCCACCCCCACCCCCGGUCGGCGGUAUCAUGAGCAAGACCUAUAGAUACGACAACCACGUUGACACAAAAUCCGGCAACUAUUACUCGGCCAGCAGAGAGAGUUCUUGCGACGAUCUGGGGACGCGCGGCACUAGCAGCGCCAUCUUGCUCGAUUGUGGAAGCGAGGGGUUGCUCCACGCUACCACCAGCUCUACCGCUGCUCUCCAGGACGUGUCGUCCGGAAACAGCAAACGUCACUUCCACCCGUGCUCGUUGUCUCUGUCGACGACCUCGUCGCCCGGUUACAUGGUAGAGACGAACGCGGUCAGGAUACCGAUAAGCCUUUGCCUGGUGAUCAUGCUGAUCUACAUAUGCGGCGGCGCGGUAAUGUUCAACCGGCUCGAGGGGUGGAGCCUCCUAGAAGGCGGUUACUUCUGCUUCACUAGCCUGGGCACUAUUGGGUUCGGCGACCUGAUGCCGGUCGGAAGAAACGCGGCGACAGCGACGCUGGAGGAGCUCAGCUUGUGCGCCUGCUCCCUCUACAUACUCGCCGGGAUGGGCCUGAUCGCCAUGUGCUUCAACCUCGUCCAGGAGGAGGUGGUACGCGUGGUCAGGGUCUUCGGUAGAACCUGCGGCAUGUCGUCCGGGGUGGUGGUCGGACCAAUCGGUGGUACAGGUAUCCCUGAUGCAGGCAUUCGACGGGGAACCGCUAGAUCAUUCCGGCCGAAUAAUCCCCUGGUUCUUUGUAGCGUUAAUACCGUGACAUUUUUUUCGCCCAACAGUGGUACCGUUACUUAACCUCUUAGGCACGGCUGAAUUUUACGCGGGCCUGUUUCUCUGUACGGCGGAGUACAUUGGAAUUAAGUUUUUCAUGAUUAAAUUAUCAUUUUUCUUAAAGAUGUGAUAUACAUAAUUUAACUUUAACUAUUUACUUUAUUAGUUUAAUAGUUACUUUAAUAUUUACUUUAAUAGUUUAAUAGUUACUUCAAUAUUUACUUUAAUAGUUAGUAAUACAAUUGGGUAUGAUACAUGAUAGAUUGGUAGCGACGGAACCACUAUGGUGGCGCGUCGUUCAGAAAGAUGGCGUCCGCGGAAGCCACUAUAAUGGCGCGUCGUGCCUAAGAGGUUAACACGUUCAACCCGGCGCAUUUUCUCGAAGUCUCUUCGGCGUACACGAAAUUAUAAGUUGUUUGUUCAUCUGGCAGCGCUUGUUUACUUCAGAUGGAUCAAAAGUGUGGACCACCGGUGGUUCACGCUGGGUUGAACGUGUUAACUUGCGCUGGAAAUGAAUUCAGAAAUUUGGCAAAGUCUGCGAUGAAUUUUGUUUUUACGUAUUUCACACUGAUGUUUACACUUAUUCUGUUUGUUAACCCUUUGCGGACGAAUUUCGACUUUUCGAUCAGAUGAAAUGUUCAUAUUUGUAAUACUAAGUUGACGAAUAACUUAACACUAGAACUACCGAGCAUUUAAUACGAUUAAUAUGCAAU